AUGCCGCCGGUGAAGAAGGGCAAGGUUGGCCGCCCGCCUGCUAAUCGCGUUACGAAGCCUGUAUCAAAACCGACGACGUCAGGCCAUCGCUCAAGUGACAGGGUUGCUGCGGCGAUUGACGAAAGUACUUUGGACGAGAAGGAAGCCUCGGCCGCUAAGCUAUCCAAUACAUCAUCUGCGCCAGAGAAAAGGGGACCGGGUCGCCCUCCCAAGCAGAAGCGCAUCGUUACUGCUGAGAAGGAGGAGAUCGAGGACUCAGUAAUGAUGGAUGCCCCCGUACCGACCCCUGACGCUGCCCCAAAACGUGGUCGCGGUCGUCCAAAAAAGAACGCUGUCGACCCCCUGGAGCCGGACGCCCCUGGGGCGCGCAGGAAGGGGAAGAUAGCUACAAAGGGCCCUGAAUUGGACAUCACUCAAGCUGCUGAAGUAUCUGAAAUCCCUGAGACACAACUAAAAGAGGAAACGGAUGAUGCCACUGGCGAUCGCGAGGACAAUGAGCAGGGUCUUGAUGAGGAUAGCACGCAAAUAACCCCUAGGCAGGCUCGAGCCUGCCGGCGAAAAGCUGCUGCCCAAGCCAGCGUGUCCAAACAGUCCCCAGCAAAAAGUCCAGAGAAAGGAGACUCAGCCUUGCAUAAAGAGCUUGCUGAAAUGAGACGGAAAUAUGAAGAUAUGAAACGUCAGUAUGAGGACGUGAAAAGUAAAUAUGAUGAUAUUCGCGAAACCGGUGUCGAAGAUGCCAACCACAACUUCAUUAAGUUCAAAAAGCAAGCUGAAGAGAAGUCCAAAGUGGCCCAACAACUUAUAGCAGCACUUCAAGCUCAGCUUGCUGAACAUAAGGAAGCAGCCAAAGAAGCUAUCAGCCUUCGAGCCCAGAUCGAGGAGCAGGAAUCAAUGAUAACUUCUCUUCAAAGCAAGAUCGACAGCCUGACCUCCUCGCUUGCAGAGGCUAGAUCUGAGAUCAAGUCUCUUAAUCUCAAACUUGCUGCGGCACGCAAUGCCGAGGCAGCUGCCAAUGCAGCAGCUGCUGCAGGAAGACAAAUUCCUGGCAGUGCUAUCAAGGGAGCCAACUCUCGUGAGGCGCGCCUGGCAGCAGCUGCAACGUCAGAAGCAAUCCAGCAGGCAACUAUGGCCGCACAAAAGAAGGAGGACUUGUAUGGCGAUUUGACGGGCCUAAUUGUCCGCAGCGUUAAGCGGGAGGACGGCGAGGACAAAUUUGAUUGCAUCCAGACCGGACGCAAUGGCACUUUACAUUUCAAGCUUGCUAUCGAUGCUGAUCAAGAAAGCGGCGCCGAUGCUCAGUGCCACUAUAUGCCGCAGCUCGACCCUAACCGCGAUCGGGCGCUGAUCGCUGUCUUACCCGAGUUUCUCACCGAUGAAAUCUCGUUCCCACAGUCUCAGGCGGGCAAGUUCUACGCUAGGGUGUUGAAAGCUCUGAACGAGACACCAGCGCCGAGUUAA